AUGAGCUCUCUUGGCCACAGAGCUUGGUGGGCCGUGCCUGGACACUUCAGUGCUCCACUGGUGUUUUACCUGGAAGAGGACCUGGAGGAGUACAUAUUUGGCCAAGGGGACGCAUACCUUCGCUGCAUUGAGCUGCACAGUCACACCCUCAUUCAGCUGGAGCAGUGGUUCACAGCCACAGGCCAGACUCGAGUCACUCUUGUCGGACCCCUUCAGGCAAGGCAGUGGCUGGUGGACAUGGUCUGGAGUUUGGGGAGUCGGGACCAUUUCAGUAGAGCCCGAGGCCUCGAGAUGCUGCGGCGUGUUCGGAGCCAGCCCCUAACCAAGGACGACCUGGCUACCUCUAGCAAGAUGCAGUCAGACACCUGGGAUCUGCCUUUUGUUAGCAGGAUUAGUGGGACCAUUUCUCUUGAAGUUCCCAACACUUUCCCUCACAAACUGCUUCGUUUGGGAUUCUACUGGAGCUCACUCUACCCGUAAUGAAGACUGACCUCCCUGGGGAAGGGAGAUGGGAGGAGAAGUCUUGACCAGUCCUGUGAGA